AUGUCAAAAGCCAAUGCUGCCAUUGCAGUACAAACAAAGGUCGAGAGCGCUCAGAUGAGGACGAUUGCGCUUCUUACCAUGAUAUACCUUCCUCUAUCUAGUGUCGCAGCUAUAUUCUCUAUGGACAUGUUUAACUGGGAGGCAGUUGAAGGCCAGUCUAUAGUAUCGAAGCACAUUUGGCUGUUUGCAGUCCUCACAGUGGGUCUCACACUGCUCACUAUUGCUGCUUGGUUCUUGGGAACACGGCGAGAGAAGGCCAUGGCGGACAAGUCGGACAACUACUUCAAUUCACCACAAAGACAUGACACAUUCGAGUAUGUUUAG